AUGUGUGCGAGACACAUUCUUGGAAACUGGAAGAGAGACAGCCACGACCCACAACUAGAGAGACUGUUCUGGAAAAUAGCCCGUAGCUACACCUUAGGAGAUUUUACAGAGCAUAUGAAUGCAUUGAAGAGCUACAAUCAGCUGGCGCAUCAAACUCUUCAAGCCACCAAUCCGCAUACAUGGUCUCGAGCUUACUUUAAGGUUGGUUCUUGUUGCAAUGAUAAUUUGAACAACCUGAAUGAAUCUUUUAACAAAACCAUUCCAGAGGCUAGGAGAAAACCACUACUUGAAAUGUUAGAAGAUAUUAGGCGACAAUGUAUGGUAAGCACAGCAAAAAGGUCUAUCAUCGCUAAUAGAUUGAAGACUAGAUACACAAAGAGGGCACAUAUUGCAAUAGAAACUGCUAUAGCUAAGUCUCAAGACUGUAUUAGAUACAUGGCUACGGGUAAUGUCUAUGAAAUUGACUAUCAUGACUGCUCGUAUAGCGUUGAUAUGGGUCUGAAGACAUGUGGUUGCGGGAUGUGGCAGUUGAAUGGAAUUCCUUGUAACCAUGCUGCUUGUGUGAUCACCUCAAAGAAACAGAAAGUUGAUGACUAUGUUUCUGAUUAUUACACUACCAUAAGAUGGAGAAAAACUUAUGAAUGUAGUAUUAGACCUGUGGAAGGGAUGAAGAUAUGGCCUAUGCUGAACAGGUUACCAGUCUUACCUCCACCAAAUAGGUUGGGUAAUAGAGGAAGACCAAGCACUUAUGCCAGACGGAAAAGUGCAAAUGAAUCAUCAUCUUUCUCUAGUAAAACCAAGCUAAGUCGUGCAAGGCGUGUCAUGACAUGCUCUAAUUGUAGAGAAGAAGGACAUACCAAGCCGAGAUGUUCGAAACCAACAGUUGAACCGGAACCUAAACGUCCACGGGGUCGGCCAAAGAAUGAUCAGGGAGGAUCACAAGGUGGAUCACAAGUUGGAUCACAAGAUUGA